AUGAUGAGAGGGCCACAGACUUUAUUUCUCUUUCUCUAUAUUUGUCCAUCUCUUACACACACACACAUUACAUUAUUCAUCACUCUGCCAUGGGGAGGUGUCGCAUCCGUCGUCGAAAACAUUGACGAGAGACCGAGAAAUCUCUCAUUCAUAGUCGAUUUGAUCAAGUGCAAACAUAAUAUCAUAGUCUCAUCAUUCACGUUCAAAAAUCUCUUUCAUUCCUUCCUCAUGUCAUCAUCUUGCCUUCUGAUGUUGUCGCCUCAUCAAUCGAUUUUACCUGAUAGUGUUCGAAAACAAGCUAAAGAUGUUGGAUUGACAUGGUUUGAGCUAGAAUGCAUAGCUUUUGAGAAGGAAUAUGAUGGAAAUCUCAAGAUCAACUAUGUGAUAGUAUUUGAACGCCCUGGACUGCAUAAAUUUCUUUCCCAACUUAGCAAAGUUGCUGAUCUUGUACUAUUUACAGAAGGAAUUGAAGGGACAACAAAUAAAAUUGGUGUAGUAUUAGUGUUAGGUAGAGAUCUGGUAGUAGUUCCAAAACUGGUUCAUCUUGCACUCUCAUCACCCAAAUUUUCCCGAGAAUGGCAUAUAAAAGAUACUUGGAUGCAGGUGAAGUACAUAGAGAGGUGGGACUCCCUCCUUAUAUUCUUAAUAUUCCAAAUGAGUAAAUGGAUUAGGUCAAGAAGCAGGUGCACCAUUAGGAGCUCAUACCAAUGUUCACAAGAUUGCAUUCAUGGGAAGCAGUGUCAUAUAUAAUUAUAUAUGCAUGAGAACUCAAUUAUAAAAGUGAAAGAACAAGACUAGUAUGAAGAACAAGGACCGCCACGUGGAUAUGAUUCAAAGUGUCAUCCAACAACUCUUCCAUCAGGUCAAUCAUAAUUGAUAAUGGUUCAUGUUGGAGUUUUCUUGAAUUUUUGUUUUUGUCUGAAUCAUGUUGUGAUGGUUAUAAGUAAAUCACAUGUAAGUUAUAUGUGAAUUACAUGUGAUUCACAUGUAAAUCACAAGUGAAUCACAUAUGAAUCACAUGUGAUUCAAAUGUAAAUCACAUGUAACUCACAUAUGAAUUACAUGUGAUUCACAUGUAAUUCACAUAUGAAUCACAUGUGAUUCACAUGAAAAUCACAAGUGAAUCACAUAU